AUGACAGUGAUCACGUUCACGGGUGGAAGUUCCCUUAAACUUCUUCAGGCAAUUGUAUUUUUAAUGCUUUUAUUGCAUUUGAGACCAGCACUGGGAUUCAUUUCAAGUGUUGGAGAUGCUGACAGUGACAACAUCAGGUGCCUAGAUGGGGAGAGACAAGCACUUCUUAAGCCCAAAAAAGGCUUUCUUGUUGCCUACGGCAACCUCUCUUCUUGGGGGAGCGGAGAUGAAACUAAGCAUUGCUGCAAUUGGAAAGGAGUUCACUGCAGCAACCAAACAGGCCAUGUACUUGAGCUAAGGCUUGGUUUUUCUUAUUUGGGAGGCGUCAUAUCUGAAGCAAAAUUUUCAAAUCUUUCCAAAUUACGGCACUUGCAGUUAUCUGAUAAUUCUCUUACUCUUGAAUUCGACUUCAAUUGGGCUCCCCCUUUCCAACUGGAUGAAAUUUACUUGAGAUCUUGCAAGUUGGGGCCUACAUUUCCAAAUUGGAUCCUAACCCAAAGCAAUGUUACUACCAUUGAUAUCUCCCAUGCUGAAAUUUCUGAUACCAUCCCAACAGAGUGGUUUUCGAACUUGCCUCCUAAAUUAGUACUUUUAAAUCUUUCUUGCAACCAAGUACAUGGUCUGCUACCUAAUGUGUCGAAGAUGCCUUUGAAUGCUCAUACAAUUGAUUUGAAUGCUAACCAUUUAGAGGGGCCAUUGCCACUUUUUUCAACUAAUCUCAGCUCCUUGAGUCUUUCUAAAAAUCAAUUUUCUGGUUCACUUACACCUCUUUGUAAAAUCAAUGGUGGGUUGUUGGGUUUCCUAGACCUAUCUGAUAACCUAUUUUCUGGAGCACUUCCAAAUUGUUUUAUGCAUUGGCCUAACCUAUUUAUUUUGAAUUUGGCUGGCAACAAUUUGUCUGGUGAGGUUCCAAGCUCUUUGGGCUUGUUGUCGAUGCUCGUAACAUUGAGUCUACGUAAUAACAAUUUCUCAGGAGAUUUUCCUUUAUCCUUAAAAAAUUGCAGCUCCUUGAAAUUUAUGGACUUGGGAAACAAUAAAUUCUCUGGAAAAGUACCAGCAUGGAUUGUCGAAGGCUUGCCACAAUUGAUUGUUCUUAUAUUACGUUCUAAUAAGUUCAAUGGAAGCAUACCAUGGCAUAUAUGUCAGUUGAAAUCUGGAACUAUACCACAGUGCCUCAAUAAUUUCACUGCCAUGGCUCACAAAGGGAAAUCUUCCAGUAAUCUCUUUGAUGGUGAUUACCUUGGCACAGCUGGAGGCUAUGUUUGUAUGGGAAUAUAUGUUGACAGUGCAAUGGUUGUACUAAAAGGGAGUGAGUAUGAGUAUGGAAAACUUCCUAGUGAAAUCUCGAGCCUUUUGGAGUUGGUUGUACUGAACGUAUCCAAAAACAACUUAAUUGGAGAAAUUCCUCAAAUGAUUAGUCAGUUGAAGCAGCUAGAAUCACUUGAUAUGUCAUGGAAUCGGUUUUCAAGAGAAAUCCCAUCUAGUAUGUCAGAGUUACAAUUUUUGAGCCACUUGGACCUACCUUACAACAAUUUAUCUGGGAAAAUUCCUUCAAGCACUCAACUCCAAGGCUUUGAUGCAACUCAUUUUAUUGGGAAUUGGGCACUUUGUGGGCUUCCAAUCACACAAAAGUGCCCAAGUGAAGAAACACCAUCCCAAAGUGAGCCAACUGACGAUGGUAGUAAAGAUGUCGAAAAGGACAAAGAUGAAUUCAAAAAAUGGUUUUAUGCUGGAGCAGGACUUGGAUAUAUUGUGAGUUUUUGGAGUGUGUGCGGCUCUUUGCUUUUAAAGCAGUCAUGGAGACAUGCCUAUUUCUUGUUAUUGGACAGCCUGAAGGAUUGGAUCUACGCAACAAUGGUAGUGAACAAGGCAAGAUUGUGGAAGAAGUUUCAGAACCAGGGGUGA